GUCGCGCGAAAAUGACGUAGGGUUUUUCAUGGAAUACCGCGAAACGCCAAACUGCUCAUGACACGAGGUUUGAAGAUGUAAACAGCGAGUGUAGACACCUACUUACCUUAGACUGGCAGCUGGCGUUUGAGAAGAAGAUUUAGACGGGCAUUUCAGGGUGUUACUUCGCAAUACGUUAUCUGUUUGUGUACAGCACGUAGGAGUGCUCCUAAACGGUCAAAACCCCUCACAGUACCAGAUUUGCUAGUUAGUUAACCUAAACUAGCUAACCUGGCGCUUACGUUAUUGUGGCUUUAACGUUCGUGACUAAGGUCUAACUACGGAAUUAUAAACUGUUAACAAAAGUUAAAAAGAAUGAUAAAAACCAAGGGCGAGGCCUCGGAGAAAUCUGAGAGCUGUUUCCGAGGUGAAGAUGAGGACCUGCUACUUCUACCAGAGAAACUGCAGAAGAGGCUCAUGCCAUUUCAGCGCCAGGGUGUCAGAUUCGCCUUGUCGAGGGAUGGGAGGUGCCUGAUUGCCGAUGAGAUGGGCCUGGGGAAGACGUUGCAGGCCCUCUCUGUGGCCUACCUGUACAGGCAGGAGUGGCCCCUCCUCAUCGUGGUGCCCUCCUCCCUCAAGUACCCCUGGAUGGAGGAGCUGGAGCACUGGCUGCCCGAGCUCGGCCCCCAGGACAUCAACCUAGUGCAGAGCAAAGCUGACAUCGCUGGGCUCAGCCAGAGUAAGGUGACUGUGUUGGGCUACGGGCUGCUCACCACAGACGCGCGCCCCCUGGUGGAUGCCCUGAACAAGCAGCAGUUUGGUGUCAUCAUAGUGGACGAGUCACACUACCUGAAGUCCAGAAAUGCAGCACGCACCAAGAUCCUGGUGCCGGUCAUCCAGAAGGCGAAACGCGCUAUACUGCUCACGGGGACUCCAGCACUGGGCAGGCCAGAAGAGCUCUUCAUGCAGAUUGAUGCGCUGUAUCCAAGGCGUUUUGGCACAUGGAGUGACUAUGCUAAAACAUACUGCAAUGCUCACUACAAGUUCUUUGGGAGCAGGCGUCAGUGGGAUUGUCGCGGAGCCUCUAAUCUGGACGAGCUGCAUCAGAGACUGAGUGAGAUUAUGAUCCGUAGGCUCAAAGAAGAGGUCCUCACACAGCUCCCAGCCAAAAUCCGCCAGAGAAUACCCUUCGACCUGCCCAAAGAAGCAGCCAAGGAAGCCAGUGCUAGUUUGGAGAAAUGGGAGAGCCUGAUGCAGUCUCUGAAUUCCAGUGGAGAGUGGAAGAGUGAGAUCCCUUUCACAGAGGUGAUGGGUCUCAUCACACAGAUGUACAAACAGACUGCAGUAGCCAAGGCAGGAGCGGUGAAGGAUUACAUAAAGAUGCUGUUGGAGUCGGAGCAGCUGAAGUUCCUGGUCUUCGCUCACCACCUCAACAUGCUGCAGGCGUGUACCGAGGCUGUCAUCGAGGCCAAGGCCGGAUAUAUCCGCAUUGACGGCAGCGUUCCGUCUGCCGAGCGGAUCCAGCUGGUCCAUCGCUUCCAGACUGAUCCCACCAUCCGCGUGGCUAUUCUCAGCAUCCAGGCGGCAGGACAGGGUCUCACUCUGACUGCGGCAUCCCACGUGGUGUUCGCCGAACUCUACUGGAACCCGGGUCACAUCAAGCAGGCCGAGGACCGCGCCCAUCGCAUCGGCCAGACCUCCUCCGUGCACGUGCACUACCUUGUCGCCAAAGGGACAUUCGACAUGGUCAUGUGGGCCAUGCUCAACAGGAAGGAGCAGGUGACGGGGAGCACUCUGAAUGGCAGGAGGGCUUAUCUGAAGGCAGAGGAAGGAGAGAAGGAGAAAUGGGACUUCUUGAACUUUGCUCAGGCUUGGACCCCAAGCGACGGCGUGGUGGGCGACGCUGAGAACGACACGGAUGGCAUAUUUUUCUCCCACUUUGAGAAAGACAAGCAGCACGACAUUCGCACGUUUUUUUCGCCCACCUUGGAUAAAGACAGGAAGAGGAAGAGAACGGGCCAAUCAUCUACCAGCAGCUCACCUCUCAGCCCGUCAUGUGACCGGCCAGAGACCAAUCAAAGCUCUCCAUGCCACAGCCAAGAUUCCACCAAUCAGGAUGAGGCUUUCUGCCCCCGGGUGAAGCGUCUGAAGCAGGCUAGCCCGGUGUUGUGGCGUGGGGGUAAGAGAAGCCCUGUGAUUCCCAGGAGCGCCUCCCGAAGGCUCUCUGCAGAUCUGCAGGUGGAUCGCCACAGCCAGAAGUGGAGCUGUGUGGCGUGUACCUUCUCCAACAGUGGUCUGCUGCUCCACUGCGAGAUGUGUGAGACAGCACGAGUACAAAGAGCCCACGGCCCCCUGCUCUCUGUCUCCCCUCCCCCGCCCCUGACCGCCUCCAGACCCGCCAUGGCUCGAGCCAUGUCCGAACGCCACCACAGCUCCCCGGAAACCUCGGACGACCCCCCCGUCACCCUGACGCCCCCGAGCCCUGGUGCCGAACCCGAGGAGGGAGAAGAUUGCCAUGCGCAGACCUCCCAGGGGUCACAAGGACACGGCCCCGGCUCGCCUUCCACCGACGGCUCUCUCCCCGUCUAUGACAGCCUGAAGUUCUGCGCCAGCAAAAAUACCGAUAGGAUCUACAUCUACGACAAGGAUGGCCUCCCACUCAACUGUAACUUCAUUCCUCUGGAUAUCAGACUGCAAAACUGGGAUGACUUACCUUCAGAGUUCAGCCACACUGAGAACAGGAGACAUCUGUUGCGCUUUGUGCAUGAGUGGAGUUUUCUAACAACAAUGAAACAGAGGAUGGUGAGGAGAAGCGGGAGAGUGUUUCACAGCCCCACCCUGCUGCUAGGCCAGCUCACACACACCCCCACACACUCCAGCACCAAGAGGUAUCUCUCUAAGCAGGAAGUGGCUCGGGCUUCUCUGGAUGUGGCCCAGCGAGAGGGCGGAACUGUACGCAUCAUCAGCAAGGACGGCUUUCCCUCCAAGAGGAGAUCUGUAACCAUGCCAACCAACCAAGCCAAUGAAGAGGUCGGGUGCACGUCUGCUCCCUCGGAGAGCUCUGCAUGCGCAGACGCUGUGUGCGGCUCGGGCUACGUGCAGGCGCUGGAUGCUGGAGGGACCCCCCUGUGCCUGUCCUGCCAGCAACCCAGCUUGGAGCACUCGGGCUGGGCAGGGGGCUUCUGCAGCCCAGCCUGCAUGGAGGAGUUCCGGCUGCGCUCCGACCACGGCUACAUGCGGGCCCGCGUGUUGGAGGCGGAGCAGGGCGUGUGCCAGCACUGCGGCCUCCACGCCCACCAGCUCUACCUGAGAGUGCGUGACGCCCCGCACACACACCGCAAAGACUUGCUGGACAACACCUGGCUCGCACAACUGCCUCUCAAACAGCUGAAUGAGAUGAUCGGUAGCCCAGUGGAGGGUCAGUUCUGGCAGGUGGAUCACAUCAGGCCAGUCUACAGCGGAGGAGGACAGUGUCUCCUAGACAACCUGCAGACACUCUGCACUGUCUGCCACCGCAUGAGGACAGCACAGCAGGCCAAGGAGAGGAGUCAAACAAAGAGAGCCCAGGCUGCUUCCAAACUGGCGUCGGACAUCACCCGAUUCUUCAAGAAGAAAUAGGACCACUUUUAUCAGCUUUCACUCAUGUUUGUUUAUAACGUUUAUGUAAAAAAAUAUUAUUUUAAAAGGGAGUAGAUGAGCAGAUGUUGCCAUAACAGUGACCGGCUCAUUGUUUUUGUUUUUUGGGGGUUUGUUUUGCUUGAAAGCAGAGGUAGCCAGUGCACUUCCUGAUGGCAACAAGCAGGCACCUCCUGGAGUUCUAAAAUACCCCCUCCAGAGCUGGAAUCCAAGCAGGAACAUUCCCGAUCUGAGGUCUGGAGCUCUAACUCACCCCAGCAGGCUAGAGGCUUAAGAAUUCCACAGCUGUGGAUCAGUUUGGGAUUGGCCAAACAAUGAGGAAAGCAAGAAAGAGGAAAGGGAGGGGGAAGGGGAGAAUGAGAGAGUGAGAGUGAAAGAGAGAGAAUGAGAUGGAGGGGAGAGCCCCUAGGAGGUUUCAAAGGCCUGGCUGUUCCCAGGGUGGCCACCGGGGCUGAUCUGGCAGCGCUGAGUUGCUUGUUCAUCAUGAAGUUGAUCCAGCUCUUUACUUCUUGGCAGUUACGUGUAGGAUCUCUUACCAUGUUGUACAUCUUAACACUUCUCUUUUCAACUUUUGAACUUUUCCUGAUAUCUCCUCUCAAAUCCCAGAUGGAGUGUUGUGAAUUUUAAAGAACUCAAAAACUGCCGAGCAGAAACGGAUUGAAAUAAGCGUUUCAAUGUUUCUACACACACAUCUGCUGGAGAGAAAGAAUAUGUGAGGUUUUGUGCUUUACCACUGCAGUAUGAAUGCGAUUUUUUUUUUUUUAAUCCACACAGUUGUUCAGUUUCUGUGAAUCACGAGCUGAUGUGUUUUAUUGGAGAAGGACCCACGGCAAAACUUCUGCCUUAUUUGAACAAAUGCCACGAGGCACGUAUGGCUGGUCACCAUAGCAACGGGCACCGACUAUCAAGACCCAUGUGGAUAUGGAGGCUUUUACAACUGCAUUUCUGUUCAUAGAAAAUGUGCCAGACGUGUUGGCAGCUUUAAGUCAUGCUCUGUGCAUGCAGUGGCCAUGGUUCGGGACGCUGUUGUGCACAGUGGACAUGUGCCGCCCACACAGAGAAGGAAUCUCUCUCUGUCUCUCUCUCUCUCUCACUCACACACACACACACACACAGGGGAGCAUGUGAACAAUGCAGGUGUAUAUUUUAAGGGGGAACGAUAUCUGGCCAUUAUAUUGUUUUUCUUUGCAGCAUGUAAACAGGUUUGCGGCUGAUCCGUGUUCUCAGAAAGUUGUUGAUGUCUGGUUUUGGCACUUCAAUAAAGAUAUUUUACAGCUUUACAUUUGUGAAUGAGUGAAUGAGUGUGUGUGUGAGUGAGUGUGUGAGUGAGUGAGAUCACCUUGGAUGUCAUUUCAUCAGUGACUGAAAAGUGUUUCAGUGGAUUUACAGAAAACACUCCAGUGAUGUUCCCCAUCAGGGU